CUUUGUUGAAUUUGCUCCACGUCAUGCAUUCUAACCUUCAUGACUUUGUGUUUCUAUCUAACGAGACUUCCUGAAGUUUAAAUGGUAAACUAUUGAGUUGAUUCUAGGGUGUUUGAAGAUACUAAUUCUGCUUUGGCGAUUUUUAUUUGAUCUGCUAUAUCGCCUUGGAAAUGAUCUAGGGACUUCAUACUUGAAUUUCGAGGCCGUAGCAUGAGAAACAAUUGCUGAAAAGUUGAUUUGAAUUGGUUUGGGAUUAAAUACUUUUCCACUGGGAGAGCAGAUACAAUAGUUCUAUUAAAUCAUAAGAGAUCUCACACAACCAUGUGUAACAGGGACAUCGAAAUCUAAUUAGUUUUUAGUAAUCUAGUUACUCUAAUAUAUUGAAAUAGUGAUAUUACAAAUUCAUUCAUAAAUGAAUUCCUUUUGACAUCUCCACAUAUCUACACAUUGAAGAAAUUUCAGCAUCCUCAUUCUAAAACAAGGGGAAUUCCUCAACCACUUCUUAUGUAAAGCCCAUCCCACUUCAUUUCAUCAAGUGAUAUUAGAGCCAUGCUCUUAAGUUAGUGUCGGUAGAGUGCUUGGGUGUUGAAUAAAAAUUAGUGAGCCUUGUGUAAUGAAUAGCUAUAUUGGACAAAGAGGUGCUUGAUAUGUGGCAAACAAGUAAAGCUCUAUCAUAUCAGGUAGAGUGGGAUGGAGAGUAGUAUCAGAUUGGGUAGACUAGUAGGAGGAGUAUAUCUUUGUUUGAGGGAGAAGAUUAAGGACGUGAUAUUGGUGGAUACCAAGUAUAUACCACAACAAUGUGAUUUGUGGUGUGCUCCAUUUGACUUAGUUCUUGAUUCUAAUAAGAGCUAUAACCUUCUAUUAGUGAGGGAGGGAGAAUAUCUCAAUUGGAAUGAGAUAUUUGGUUGUAUCUAUUGAAAAUAACAACACACAAAUUUAUGUGGAAGCCCUAGUAUUGGGAGAAAAACCACGGUGUCGAGUUUUCUUAUUAUUUUCUCAUAAUACAAAUAAUACAAAGGGGAAAGAUUAAUAGGCAACAUGAGCCAACAUAAAAAAGGAAAGAAUAACUAGAGUUACAAAAGGAACAAAAGAACCCAGGAACGAUUCAUGGACUUGUUUUAGUAGGGUGUAGAGUCGAGAUGCAUUUUGACGUUUCAAAUAUAGUUUUUGAGUUCUGUCCUAAAUAUCCUUCGCAGUUGCAGCAUAUAGCAAGGGCUUGCCAAUCUGUGGCUCCAUCCUAUUGAUUAACGAAUAAGUGGAUCCUCCUCUUUCCAGAUUCGUUCCUGGGGACCACUUGGUGGAGGACGAGAUAUCUCUUCUAUCAAAAAGCCAAAUUUGUGGCACCCUUCGAGGAUCAUUUUAACAGUUUGUGACCACAAAUAGUAGUUCUGGCCAUUUAGCUUUUCCCCCACAAAGAUACCUAUAGUUUGCACCACAGAGCUAGACACAUAAGUUGAAGAUAGAUUAGGGAAUGAAGAUACUGGAUUCUUGGAAUACAUUGGUAGGUUAGUCGGCAUGCCAAGACUAGGUGUGUGUGUAAGGGCGGCCCAAACAAUCUCUUAACAUAUGUCCAUCCUUACCGAAUCAGGGUCAAUUCGCUAAAAUAUGAAGUGAUAUCCAUUCUCCCGAUUACACUUUGUUAAUCUGCUUAUGCAAAGUAUAAAGGUGAGAUGCAUUCUCUCUCUUUGAGUAUGGCAUAUGAGUUAUGAAUUGUAUCCCAUAUGUCCCAAGCGUUAGACGUACAACAAAGGCUUCCCAAUUUGAGGUUCCAUACUAUUAAUUAACAAAGUUUGAAGAAGCGAAUCCUCACCUUUCCAAUUCGCUCUUGAGGGUCUCCUGGGCUAGGUCUUGGUACCUCUUCUGUUAGAUAUCCAAAUUUGUGGUAUCCCUCAAGGGCCAUUUUAAUGGAAUGAGACUAGGAGAAAGAGUUCUAACAAUUCAACUUUUCUCUUGCAAUCAACCCUGCGGAAUUUUCCAGUAGAGCCAGAAAAAUAGUUUGUAGUAGUUAAAGUAGGGAAAGAGGUUACCAGAUUCUUUAGAAACUUUGAAAUUUUGGUUUGUUGAAGUGCCUAGGGCUACCCCAAAAGCAGAGUUUUGUUGCUGAAAACUUGUCUGAAGAUUAGCCUACUGCUGUUGUACCAUUAUUGGGGAGAAACUGUAAGAACCUUAGAUAGGAAAAUAGUGGAUUAUUAGUAGGAAAUGAAGAUGGUUAUUAGUGGGGGCAUAUUAGUAAAUAUUUAGUAAGUUAGUUAGGUCUUUUCGUUAUAAAUAGUAGGAGAGGGGUUGGGGAGAGGUGUGAAGAAUUUUGUAAAGGAAUUUCCUUGUACCUUGGGAGAGUCUAGCCCUCUCAAAAGGCUAAGGUUACUUUGUUACUUGUUCUUAUAAUAAUAUAGAAUAUAUUUCAUACAUUUUCAUAUUUGAUUGUCUUUGAUUAUUCUUGAGUUCAUCCUUUGGCUUGAGAUAAUCCUUGUUAGGUGAGAUCCUAACGGAAACCAACUGAACCUUAAUGUAACUAGGCGACGCAUGAUGAGGAAGACCCGGUUGUUGCGAGAAGCUUAUUACCGUGGCAGGGAAUUUACCUUUGUGGUAGGCAGACGACUCACUAAUCUUGGUUUCAUGGUGUAUGUUUCGACUAAGGUUUCUGUCUAAGGGUUGUGGCGGCGCUAGAAUUGGACGGAUAUGCAAGGACUGAAUAUAAUAUUCAACACCGACUUAGAUAGCAGUGACAGUGACGACAACGGAAAAAUCAGCGGCUUCGAAAGUGGGCGGCAAUAGCAGCUGUGGCUGAAGCAAGACUGGUGGAGAACUAAAGUUAUCUUGCACCUGAUGGGUUUCACUAAUGGAGGUAUACGUGUAUGUUCAGUACUUCAAUAGUUCUAUGUCAGAAACUUUGGUGGUAUCUGAUGAAAAUGAAACUUCUAAACGGAGGAAAGUUUCAGAGGACGUUGAUCAUAGAAGCGUUGGAGGGGAAAGUAGUACUGAUGAACAUGCUAAAGAAACUUCUUUGAUUUCUACAAAGAGUGAGGCAAAAGUAGAAAAAUGUUCUCCUAUUUCACUAGUGAAGCUGACGCGGAGUGGUUUGCUUUUGUUUACCUUUACAAAGGAUAUCUCUCCUGAUACUGUUUAUAUUGUCAAAGACAUAAUGCAGUCUCUAGAAGCAAGGACUUUGAAGUCACUCGCUUGGUGCCAUCGCAUAUUCCCCAUCCAGGCUACUUGCUCCUUGAAUGAAAAUGAUCUCCAGGGCGUUGUAUCAAAGCUCGUUCUUCAUUUCAUGAAUGAUAAAGGAAACAUUCUUUCACACCCUGUAAAGUUUGCAAUAGGGUACAACAGAAGAGGAAUUGAAGAGACAGAGAUGAAGAAAACUUUCGAAGAUAGUUCUGGUGUUAAUGUUAUUCUGGGACGUGAUAAAUGUUUUAGCAUUGUGGCUGCUGCCGUGAAAGGUGUGGUCUCGGACGCCAUUGUAGAUUUGAAAUCUCCAGAGCUUUGCGUUCUUGUUGAGCUGCUUCCUGUUUCUGGGUUGCCUUCUGGAUCAUCGGUAGUGGGGGUGUCGGUUCUUUCAAACAAUCUUGUUACUACGAAGCCUCGACUUUGCAUCAAAGCUUUGACUUCAGAUACCAAAGCAAAGAGCUGAAGGCAUAAUUCUAAGUUUUCAAUGGGAGAAAUGUUAGAGUGAAGAUUUUGAAGGAAGAAGACGAUGUGCCUCAAUCAGCUCAAUGCAGUUGGUAUUAUUAGCUUUAAUUGGGAUUUGUAAUUUAUCUUGUUUUGUAUUGUAUCUAACUUCAUCUGACCGUUUCUAGUUGCACAAUGAUAGGACCUACAAUUGAUGUUUUUCAUCUCACGAAACAUUUGAUCAAAUUUUAUACUAAUUUAUUAGUGCAGUAAAAUGUCCAUUUAGGGGUCAUUUUUUUUA